AUGACGGCGACUUUGCAGGAUGGCGGGCUUGCCCGGCCCGGGGGACUGGCAGAAGAGGCACCUGCAUUCUCUGUCGAGGUCCCGCGCGCCAACCUGAUCCACGCCGAGAUCCUCGCCGUCACGUCAGCGAUGCGCAAGAACCAGCGCUGGGCGUCUGCGGCGGCAUUCACGCCUUACCCUCUCCUCGCUUCGCACCGACUGAACGGCUCGGAAGGCGUGGGAGGCAGCGGCGUGAGCCAGGCGGGUUCGCUCUUCAAGGGGAGGUCGGGGGACUCGCAGUCGCGGAGAAGAGACGAGUCGCUCGGGCUCAUGGAGGGAUUCGCGGUGCUCAAGAUGCGCUUGCGAGACAUGGCUGACACGGACGAGGUCGACGCCGCUGCCCUCCUACAACCCUUCCUCGAGGUCGUCCGCUCGCCAGAAACGUCUGGACCUAUUACCGCAACCGCCCUCUCCUCCAUCGACAAGUUCAUCAGCUUCUCCGUCCUCACACCGUCGUCGCCCAACCUCGCAAUCGCCAUGGCGCAGCUCUCGUCUGCCGGAACGCACUGCAAGUUCGAGGCGAGCGACUCGGUCUCGGACGAGGUCGUCCUCCUCAAGAUCCUCGACGUCCUGCGGAACUGCUUGACGGGCAGGCUUGGGCAAGUCCUGAGCGACGAGAGCGUGUGCGAGAUGAUGGAGACUGGGUUGAGCAUGUGCUGCCAGAUGCGGCUCAGCGAGAUGCUUCGUCGGUCAGCGGAACGGACGAUGCAAGCCAUGGUCGCGGCGGUCUUCUCUCGACUCCGCUACAUCCCGGCAGAAGACGACGAGGCUGCUCCGGACGGCGCGAACGUCUCGUCGAACGCGUCGAUGUACGAGGUCUCGGCGGAUCAGUCUGCACCUGGAGGUCCGAAGAUGGCGGCGCCUGAUCCGAGGAGCGCCAAGAUUCCCGCUGCUGGACCUGCGACGCCGACGAGCGCGCCGCCACAUGCGGAGGCGGGACGCGGGGUGGAGGACGGGAUGAGCAGGGCAGACGGAGAACCGGUCGACGAAGAGCUUGAGAUCGCUCCCUUUGGUCUCGCUUCGAUUCAGGAACUCCUUCGCGUCCUCAUCUCCCUCCUCAACCCUCACGACCAGCAACAUACGGAUACGAUGCGCCUAAUGGCCCUCGGGCUGCUCAACAUCGCGUUCGAAGUCGGCGGCCGGAGCAUCGGCAAGUUCCCGACCCUCCGGAUGAUGGUGGCAGACCACCUCUGCAAGCACCUCUUCCAGCUCGCCCGUUCAGACCACCCUCAGAUCCUCUCGACUUCCCUCCGCGUCAUCACCAACAUCUUCGACACCAUGCGAUCACACCUCAAGCUCCAGCAGGAGCUCUUCCUCUCGUUCCUCCUCGACCGCCUCAUCCUGCCCAACGCACCGCCAAACGUCCGUAAGGCAGACCUCGAGACCGAGCUCGACCGGGCCACGUGGGCGCAGGACUCGACAGACUCGACAGCCUCCGCUCGGCCGUCGACCCCUCUCUCAGCCUCCGUCCGCGAGAAGGACCGCGAUCGAGCCGGACCUAGCGCAGAGUCUCGCGCGCUCAUGCUCGAGAUCCUCGGCCACUUUGUUCGCGGCAAGUACUCGAUGGUCGACCUCUGGGUCAACUACGACUGCAACAUCGAGGGAGAGGACCUGUACGAGCGGCUGGUCAAGUUCCUUAGUCGCGGCGUUUACCCGCAAGCGCAUGGAUCCUCGUACCAGCAGGACAGCUCGCAGAUGGUGUGCCUCGACACGCUGCUUGAUCUCGUCGCGCACAUGGCUGCUCGUCUCGACGAGCCCGACGCUUCGCUGCCGGCUGGUCUGGCGGACGAGGUGGCCAAGUCGAAGGCGAACAAGCGGAUACUCCUCGAAGGUGCCGCAGCGUUCAAUCUCAAGCCCAAGGUCGGCCUCAAGUUCCUCGAAGAGCACGGCAUCAUCUACAACGAUGCAUCGAUGCCUCGAGCCGAAAGUCUCGCACGCUUCUUCAAGACGACGCCGAGGCUCGACAAGCGCUUGCUCGGCGACUUCAUCUCGCGACCGGACCAGCUGGACGUGCUGCGCGCGUUCAUGCAUCUCAUGGACUUUGAAGGCAAGAUCAUCUGCGACGCGAUGCGCGAGCUGCUGGAGGCUUUCCGCUUGCCAGGCGAGUCGCAGCAGAUCAACCGCAUCGCCGAGACCUUCGCGGAAGUCUACUUCGCCACCCAGCCUCCCGAGAUCAAAUCGCAAGACGCGACCUACGUCCUCGCUUACUCAGUGAUCAUGCUCAAUACCGACCUUCACAGCCCGCAAGUCCGAAAACGCAUGGACCUUGAGGCCUACUCGCGCAAUCUUCGCGGCGUCAACGACAACGAGAACUUCGACCCCGAGUACCUCCGAUCCAUUUACGAGUCAAUCCGCAAGCGGGAGAUCGUCUUGCCCGAGGAGCACCAGAACCAGGUCGGCUUCGAGUACGGCUGGAAGGAGCUGCUCCGGAGGUCGCGGCGAAACGGCCCGCUCACCUCGAACCCGACCAACGCCUUCGACCGCGGCAUGUUCGCCAUCGCGUGGAAGCCCGUCGUCUCCGCGACAUGCUACGCCUUCGCCUCCUUCCGUGACGACUACAUGAUCCAACGCGCGAUCGGCAGUAUCAAUCACUGCGCCGCCCUCGCCGCGCGCUUCGAUAUGCCCGAGGUUUUCGACUUCCUCAUCGUUUCCCUCAGCCGGGUCAGCGGACUCGUCCAGGCUCCAGCCGAGGCGAGCGAGGUCGGCAAGUUCCCCGUCGUCGAUGUCGAGGGACAGAAAAUUACCGUCAGCCCGCUCGCCGUGCGCUUCGGCAUGAACGUCAAGGCCCAGCUCGCCGCCGUCGUCCUCUUCGCCAUCGCCAACAACAACGGCCGCUCGAUCCGCAAAGGCUGGUCGCAGAUUUUUGAGAUCUAUCAGACGCUGUUCACCCAUUCGCUCUUGCCGCCGUCGAUGCUCAUGAUGGAAGACUUCCUCUCCGGCACGUCCGCCAUCCCGCUCAAGCCGAAGAUGGCUCCUACGCCUCGCGAAGAACGACGCGGCGAUGGCGGUCUUCUCUCGACCCUGUCAUCGUACCUGCUCUCGCCAUACGGGCCGAGCGGGGACAUGGCGGGCACCGACUUUACGGACGACGAUGUCGAGACUACCCUUUCAGCCGUCGACUGCAUCGCCUCGUGUCACGUCGACGAGCUCUAUUCGCAGAUCUUCGACCUCAAGGGAGACGCCCUCGUCGCGCCCGUUCAGAUCCUCUUCGACCUCGUCCACCGCAUCACGAUCGACCGGGUUCGCAGUCGUUCCGGCUCCGGCUCCGUCCCCAAUUCGCCGCAAAUCAACAUCAACGCCUCGCGUGUGCAGCUCCCGUACGACCCGGCUGCCGUUCUCCUCCUCGAGAUUGCCACGAGCAUCGUUGCUCGCUCGCAGGAUUACUUGACAGAGCUCUGGCCCACGACGUUCGACUUCCUCUCCCGCCUGAUCGGCCACGCCAACUCGUUCAGCAGCCUCUUCAACGAGCGUGUCGUCGCCGCUCUUCUGCGCUUGAUCGCAGAAGUGAUCAAGAUUGACGAGCUGCGUGACUCGUGCUUCCUCGCGCUCGACACACUCCGGUCCAUGUCGCCGCCGGUUCUAAGCAGCGUUGCGGAGCCGUUGAUGGCUGGCCUCUCUCGCGUGUUCCUCGAGAACGCUGCACGAGUGCACUCGACGACCGAGUGGAACCUCCUCUUCGCCCUCUUCUCCGCGACUGCCCAGCAGGAAGAGGCGGCGAAGAUCUCGAUGGACCUCAUUCGGCAGCUCGCGUCCGGCCAACUUGGGACGAGCCUGCACGCCGACAACUACGCCGCCUUCCUCCAGACUCUUGCCGGUUUCGCGCACGUCGCCCCAUCGAACAAGGCGUCUGACAACGCCAACGACGAGGCAACUCUGGCUCGCGGACUGCAGAUUGUCGACGUCCUCCGCGAAGUCCAGGCGUCUAUUCCGAACUUGAUCUCGACGUCGAACCUCUCGCCCGCACGAGCGUGGGAGGCGGCCUGGAUCCCCCUUCUCUCCGCCUACGCCCAGCUCUGCCUCAACCCGGCCCGCGAGCUCCGUCAAAGCGCCAUCACCAGCCUGCAGCGAACGCUUCUCGCGCCCGAGAUCCUCCAGAAUGACGACGUCGACCUCACCAUCAUUUUCGAGCGCGUCUUCUUCCCCUUGCUCGAGGAGCUGCUCAAGCCGCAAGUGUUCCGCCGCGACCCGGAAGGCAUGGGCGAGACUCGCUUGCGCGCGUCGGCGCUGCUGUGCAAGAUCUUCCUGCAGUACCUGACGCAGUUGUCGGAGCGCCAAGGGAUGCAGACGAUGACGGAGUUGUGGCUCAAGAUUCUCGGGUACCAGGACCGGUUCAUGCACAGCGGCCGGCGCGACCAGAUGUACGAGGCCGUGCCCGAGCUCCUCAAGAAUGUCCUACUCGUCAUGAACGCGUCGGGAUUCCUCCUCCCGCCGUACGCCGAGGGUCGCACCGAGGCGCAGGCUCGCCUCUUCGACCUCACCUUCAACCGCAUCGAGCCGUUCCUCCCCGAGUUGCAGCGCGAACUCUUCCCUCCUCCGCGCGUUCCCGUACCUUUCAGCACCACUUCCUCCAACCACCCGCCCGCACCUGCACCACCCCAGCCCGCACCCGCACCUCCUCCCAUCUCGCGCCCAAACCCCGCCGACACGCAACCGCAAGAGCCGCAAGGGCAAGACGCGUACUCUUCUGCGCAGACUGUAGACAUGUUUGGUCCGUAG